CAGAAAUCGCCGUCUGGUUUACCGCAACACAUGUAUAUUGAUCUGCUCUGGGUUAUCGAGCUCCUCUUCAUCGUUUUCUUCACAUCAUUCUCACUUUAUGCUACCUAUCUGUUGCCCAUCCAGUACUGCGACUUGAUUCAUCGGUGUGCGACACAUCUCGGCAAAUGGGAUGCUAGUGCCAUUUUGCUGGAUUUGGAGCAGCGACAGAUAAAUGAGGAUCAGAUUUGUGUGCAAAUAAAUGAGGAUCAAAUUUGCGUGGUUUUUCAAAUUUGGUUUGGAGCAGGCAUGCAAGUAGGCUUGUUACCCAUGAAGAAGACUGUGUCAGAAACAUGUGCUGGCACCGAUCUCGUCUUCUUGCACUUCUUAACUGAGCACUGUUUCUUCUAUGCCGGGAAAAUUCACCUUUUUUUCCCAGUCUUAAAAUGGGGACUAAUGGGGCCAUUCCUGUGA